AGUACUCACUCUCCUGCCGACCGCUCUCGAAGCAACAGCUCCGUCGCCCGAGUUAUAUAUAUAAGAAGAAAAUGAAGAGAGUUAUAACAGAAUAUUAGAGCCUUGUUUAAUUACGAGUUCUCCUCACCAACCAUCCAACUAGGAUUAAUCUAACAGGUUGUGGGCCAGCUCGCUGGAAUAGAGGAAGAACCGAGAAGAAGACGACUCAGAAGUUUUUAUUUUUAUCUUUGUUCAGAGGAAAAUAAAUCAGACGUAUCAGAGGUCUAGAGGACAAAUUUCAGAAGAAAACAGGAAAAGAACAUCAGAAGCGUUAUGUCUGAUUGGAGUCUUUCAGACCCAUUACCAUCAAAUGAGAAAGAGGUGGCCAACGAAGGCAACGAAAAUCAAGUGGACGAUCAUUUGUAUAUCCACCAAGAUUCAGAUAUAGAAGGGUAUACACCCCCGGGUACACCCCCAAAAAGAGAUAUGGAGGGAAAGUCUCAACCUACUGACUCACAAAUGGAGUGGAGAAUGGAUAAUCUGGAGAAUGCUCUCGAGAGACACUCCGAUAUACUCGACAAUCAUGCUGAAAUAAUCAGAGAUCAAACAGUAGCCAUACUCGAUAUGAAGGAAAAUAUUGACAACCUAAACACCGUCAUACAGAAACUCACAGAACAAAUAGGAAAAUUAACUUCAGAGGUAAUUAUCCACCCUGCCAGUUCCACACUCAGAGACAUAAGUGAGACAGAGUUUAGUAACAAUAUCAAUUCAACAAACUUAUCAGACGGAACAAGCGCAUUAGGCGACCUCAGCAGAGCUUGUAAUGAACUCAGACGAUCUAUUGCCCUAUCAGAGAUGAGCCUUGAUGACAUAAAAACUUUGAUACUACAGCUGGAAUCAGACAGACGCAAAUCAGACGGUCAGCCUUCAGACGACAGGCAAAAAAUUGCAGCUAAACAGGCGAUAAUCACAGACAAGUGUUAUCGCUGCAAUAAGGUGGGACACAGAGCAGCCUUUUGUCCUCUUAAAGAAUACAAUCUAUGGUACUGCUUUUAUUGCCAGGCUGUAGCUCCACACAAAGGGGAUAAUUGUCCAAAUAAGGACAAUCUCAAAGAUGGAUACAGGAAACCAAGGAGAAACUAAUUCAGAGUAAAGUUCAGAGAAUAAAAAACGCAGACGUACAGGAGGACAAGCGCCCCGACGGGAGGGAGUGUUGGCGAGUCUUCGCGCCGCUUGCCGUCUAUAGUAGACUACAGGGCUAAUCUAGCGCCACCAUGCGGGCAGCGCUAGGUAUUCACGCGUGCUCUGCAAAGUACUCACUCUCCUGCCGACCGCUCUCGAAGCAACAGCUCCGUAGCCCGAGUUAUAUAUAUAAGAAGAAAAUAAAGAGAGUUAUAACAGAAUAUUAGAGCCUUGUUUAAUUACGAGUUCUCCUCACCAACCAUCCAACUAGGAUUAAUCUAACAUCAAGUCAUUGCUAUUCAUUAUUUGCCAUUUUUCUGUUCUUUGUAGUUUUCUCUUUAAUUUUUUCUCUUCUGCUUUGCAAUCAUCAUAUAACAAUAUAGUUAUUCAGGGUGA